AUGCAGCAGCAGUUGCAACAGCAACAACAGGAGUUGCAACAGCAGCAGCAGCUGCAGCAAACGCUGCAGCAAAAACUGCAGCAAAAAUUGCAGCAAGGACUGCAGCAAAAGCUGCAGCAAGGACUGCAGCAAAAGCUGCAGCAAAAGCUGCAGCAAGGACUGCAGCAAAAACUGCAGCAAAAACUGCAGCAAGGACUGCAGCAAAAGCUGCAGCGAAAGCUACGGCAAAAGCUGCAGCAAAAGCUGCAGCAGCAAAACCAGCAACCGGAGAGAGAGCGGUGGAUUUGCUGCAAAGGCAGCAACUGCAGCAAACGUAGCAGUGGCAGCAGCAGCAGCAAAUCACCAGCAGCAGCAGCAGCAUCGGAAACAGCUGCAGCAGCUGCAGCAGCUGCAGCAGCAGCAGCAUCGGAAGCCGCUGCACCGGCUGCGGCAGCAGCAGCAGCAGCAGCAUGGGAAACCGCUGCAGCAGCUGCGACAGCAGCAGCAGCAGCAAAGGCAGCAGCAGCAGCGGCAGCGUGGAACGGGAAUAUUUGUAGUGCUACUUCUCAUGACCGACAAACAGUGUUCUUUUUUCUUCCGUCAGCAGCAGCAACAGCAGCAGCAGCAACAGCAACAGCAGCCGUAGCAGCAGCAGCAACCGUAGCAACAGCGACAGGAACAGCAGCCGAGCAGCAACAACAGUAG